GUUGCUCAAAGCUCAAUCUUUCUUCUUUUGAACUGAAUCUCUCCGUCUUCAGAUCCCAUCAUAAUUUUCCAGGAAAAACAUCAGAGUUUUCUCGAGAAAUUCCACGUCGUUCUCUCAAACCGCUCCAUAUUUUUCAUGGCGAAUGCCUGGAAAAAAGAGAACAAACGCCCAAAACUUCUCUCGCCCAAGCCCCUUCUCCUUCUCCUCCUUACCCUCCCUCUUGUGUUCUUCUUAUUCUUCUUCUUCUCUCGCUCACCAUCAAAUCUUAGCCUCUCUCUCUCUGUCUCAAAAAUAAUAUCGCAAACACAAGCCGCUGUUUAUCCAAUCCCUCCCUUCGAUUGCUUAAAAUCCCCGCAAGCCCACCCAGUAGUUGCCAACAUAGUAGAGAACCUCAAGUACCCAUUUUUAUACUCUCUCUCCGAUUUUGGAUCCUUGCCCGAUAAACCUCACAAGAACAUUGUGAGGUUGUUAAAAGGAAAGCCCUUUAGGAAGCCGGACAUCUCCGCGACGAUUCAGGAGCUGUUGGAAGGGACAAAGGGGAGAGAUGGGUUGGUGGUGGAUGUGGGCGCUAAUGUAGGAAUGGCUAGUUUUGCGGCUGCCGUUAUGGGAUAUAGAGUGUUAGCUUUUGAGCCAGUUAUUGAGAAUUUGCAGAGGAUUUGUGAUGGGAUUUGGUUUAAUCGAGUUGGGGACUUGGUUACUGUUUUUGAAGCUGCUGUGUCUGAUCGGAUUGGGAAUAUCACUUUUUAUAAGCUGGUUGGCCGGCUUGACAAUAGUGCGGUGUCAGCCACUGGUGCAAAGCUGGCAUUCAAGUCCAAUGAAGAAAUAGCAGUUCAAGUAAGGACCAUUCCUCUUGAUGAUCUGAUUCCAGAGUCAGAGCCUGUGCUUCUACUCAAAAUUGAUGUUCAGGGAUGGGAAUAUCAUGUAUUAAAAGGAGCCUCAAAGUUACUGUCAAGAAAGAAAGGUGAAGCUCCAUACCUAAUCUAUGAGGAAGAUGAGCGGUUGUUGCAAGCCAGCAACAGCAGUGCUAAAGAAAUUCGUGAUUUCCUCCAAACUGUGGGUUAUCAUCAUUGCACCCAGCAUGGCACAGAUGCUCACUGCACUAAAGAUUAAUUAAGGUGAUGAACUUUCCCAUAGGAAACUGAACCUAACAGCAAGACUUCGCUUCCACUUUUUACUUUUUUGGGCAAUGAUCGAGGAAAUUUGGCUGCUUUGCUUCAAUACAUAUUAUUUCAUUCUUCUUGUUUCAGAGAAAGAUAUGUAAGGUAUAAUGAGCCAAUGAUAUCACUGCUUCAAGAAUUCAUAUAAUCUUAGUUAAUGGUGAUUGGAUCUUAGCUUUGCUUGUGGUGCAACUGGCAAUGGAAAAGUCAAGUUAAAGGGAGCCAUUCUCCAAACAUACCGCUGCUUGAGUUCUCAUUCUGGAACAAAAGUUGGUCAGCUUGAUAGCCAGUAAUCCAUCAUUCAGUUUAGUCGGGCUUGAAUUUUCAAACUUAUCAAUUUGUACCUGGUGCUUUUUUGAAUAAAUUUUCCAUGUAUACAAAAUUAAUGCUGGUUAGAUUUUAUUUUAUUUUAAACCAAAAGAGUUCAUUGUUACGCGAA